GAAGCUAUAACCAUUCAAAACAAAUCACAAAUAUAAAUUUUACGAUCAAAACAAAAAAUGCUCGAUCACUUUGGAGGGCAUGGCCAAAUGGGCCGUCGAGGAAGGUAUGCUUAUGAGCGUGAAGAGUGUGAGAGUGAGCAUGAUGAGGGAUAUCAUGUGGUUCAUCAUGAAUCACAAGGAGGCUAUGUCAAUGGCCAUGGCAACCAUGGCAUGAUGGGCAACCACCAUCGUCUUCCACAUCAUUCGGCUCAUCGUCAAGAGUAUUACUCUUCCGAGGAAGAGGAGGAGGAAGAGAUCAUUGAGAGCCAUCAGUCCCACAUGAUGCUUCAACAACAGUUUGGUCAUCCGCCUCCUCCUUUGCAUUUCAUGCCUCCUCCUCCCAUGCCUCCGCCUAGAAACCACAAGAUGAAUGAUGGAUCUUACGGUCGCCGGAAAGAAUCAUACCAAGAGGUGAAGCACCAAACCAUGCACAUGGCUCCUCAUCAUAUUCCGCCACAUCACCAAAACACCGGGCACGGUCGUGACCAUGCCGGGGUGAGGCCAUUGGCCAUGGCUGCCGGUGGCUACCCCGCCGGCCACGUCAAGCCAGGGUACUGGGGCGACAAGGCACUUUGACUAAAAACCCUAGUUAUUAAAAGAUGAUAUAUAUAUGGUAUUGAUGCAUACUCAUCACGAUAUUUAAGAAAUAAGUUGUGAUCGUAUAAAAAAUGUUCACGUACUAAGAUGCAUCCUAUAUCCAAAGAGUCAUGUAUUGUGUCAUGUGUGUGGAGUGCUUGUUGCUAAUUAAAUAAUUGAUAUUAAAUCAUUGUUACACUAUCA